AUGAAAGAGCUGUUUAGAAUACUGCUCGUUUUCCUGGCUGCAUUUGCCUUGCUGGCUGAGGCGACGCCAUCGAAGCAUCAGAGACAGCACAGGGAAUACGACGAUGAGGAUGAGGAUAGUCACUACUUGGCACUGGAAAGGCAUGAGCUGAAGCCCUUCUUCCGGAAGGAUAAGCACAAAAGCGAACAUGUUGUCUACCACCACAGGGAGCAACAGGAGCAUCACGAACCGAAGCGAGUGGAUCAUUAUCAUCACUAUGAUAAAAAACCAGAUAUGAAGACCGAGCAUAUUCAUUACCAACAGCACAAUCCGCAAUUGCCCAACGCUGGAAUCAGAACUAGAUCGUCGCCUACUCGGAAUAUUGUCGGUCGGCGUCUGCGUCGUCGUCGUCCCAAUCGGCUGGUCUAUGCAACGGCUCCCAACUCAGUGUUCCACACACAGAUCAACGUACAGUCGCAGGACUCGGAACUGAACUCACGAUACCGUGCAGAUCCUGUGCGGCCAGUUGGGCAAUUAGCUGCCAGUGCUCAGGCUUCGGGUGGUCCUCGGUUCUUUAAUCUGCUUGGCGAUCAAUUGGUAGAAAGUAGGUUAGCCCCUGUUGGAGGUCAGAUACCGGGUAAUGGAUUGGCGUCAGGUAAUGGGUUUCGUGCAGUGGGCGGACAGCGUAAUCGAUUAGCUCUAGGUGGAGGUCAGUUAUCAGUCAAUAGAUUGGUUCUUGGUGGAGGUCAGUUGACGGGUAAUAGAGUUGCUGCAGUAGGUGGACAGUUGUCGGGUAAUGGAUUGGCUCUAAGUGGAGGUCAGUUGCCUGCCAAUGGAUUAGCUGCAACUGGGGGUCCGUUGCCAGCUCUUGAGUUGACCACAGGUGGAGGUCAAUUGUCAGCCAAUGGGUUAGCUCCAGUUGGUCGACAACUGGCUGUAAAUCUGGACAAUGGACAGGGCGCUGGCAAUGGCAAUGGUGAGAAUCUAUUUACGCCGGCAAAUGGAGCACAGCUUUUGGUAGGGGCACAACCAGCUCAGUUAAAUGGUGGACAAGCAGUUAACCAACGACCAAGCUCAGUUCUUAUUCAAACUGAUCCCGAUUUUGGUCGACAAUUGCCUGCCCCGACAGCCGGCAAUCCAAAUCAAUUUAGAUCCAUGUUGGGCGCUCAACUGGGAAGGAGUCAGACUCUAGAUGCUCAACAAACCUUAGCCGGUAAUCAAAAUAUGCUCUUGGGAAGACAGUUAGCCACCGGUGCUCAAGCGCUAGGAAAUGCGAGUCCAAAUCAAGUUGUAGCAUUUGAACGAGCAAAUGGCAGACGACGCAAUGGACGUCAACGCAAUCGCUCCAACUACCAAGGCUUAAAUGUGGUCAGAGGUAAUAUAUUUGGCCAACCAAAUGUGCAGGGACCCGCAAAUGAAGUGGGCAAUCAGCAGGACACCAAUAUCAUAGACGGCAACUUCUAUAGCAUGCAGAAUGGUAACCAACGAUCCGUUCUAGCAACUGAUGGUGAUUACUACGAUGACGACGACACAGAUGGCAUUCAAAGAAAUAUUGGAUUGGAUGACACGAGUCAGGAUCAAGAAACAGCUGCUUCUGAGCAUCAGGAGAGAUCCUAUCACGAUGAUGGUUAUCACUACAAGAAUCCCAGGCAUACUAAAUGA